AGCGCAGGCAACUCACCCGCCGAGUGGAGCAGUGGAGGGACCAGGAAGCAGCUGUGAGAGCGGCGAGAGUGAGGUUAAUCAGGUGUACGUGGUUUAUAUCUGACGUGUUCUGGUCACGAUCUUGUCGCAUCUUGACUGCGCCGUGCCUCCGCCAGGCACGCAUGUCCACGUCACAUCGGUCGAACGCAUCUCGAUCGUGCCAGCGAAAUCGCGGUGAGGACCACGAUGACCACAGGGGAUAACCGGCGAGCAUCCGUGCGCAGAUGGAUCUCCAGGGCGAUAGUCGCCACGUUCCUCGCGCUCAUCGUUUUGAAUCUGCCGGCGAUCUGCGACGGCCACGACGUCCACGAGUCGGCGAGCUACAAGUACUCCAAGGAGGCCAACGAGAACUACUUGAAUUCCCAUCACCAUCAUCACGAUUACGAUCACCCACACGAUCACCCACACGAUCAUCAACAUGAUCACAAGCACUCGCACUCGACGCAGGCAAAAGCUUCGCGAAGGGAUCACGGUGACAUUAUUUUAAGGGCCGUCGGGUCGACUCUGCUCAUAUCCGCCGCACCUUUCUUCAUACUGUUCUUCGUGCCGUUGGACAACACCAAGCAGCGCGAGUCGCUGCUCAAGAUCCUGCUGAGCUUCGCGUCCGGCGGCCUCCUGGGCGAUGCGUUCCUCCAUUUGAUUCCACAUGCGAUGGUGCCCCACUCGCACGAAUCUCCGCCGGAACACUCGCAUGGAUCUCCGUCGGAGGCGCACUCGCACAGCCAUCACGACGAGGCGGGACACAAACAUGACAUAUCCGUCGGUUUGUCCAUAUUGUUAGGGAUAAUAGUGUUUCUAAUGGUCGAGAAGGCGGUACGCAUUAUUAAGGGCGGUCACAGUCACUCGCAUGUCCAUCAUGAUUCUCAAGAGAAAAAAGAUAUUUCGUCGGAAAAGAAAGAGGAGAAGAAAGAGGAGAAGAAAGGGGAGAAGAAGAGCAGUGGUAAAGCAGUUUCCAAGGCACACAAAGCACCUGAAAGCGACAUCAAGAUCGCCGGCUAUCUGAACUUGGUGGCGGACUUUCUGCACAAUUUUACGGACGGUCUGGCUAUAGGAGCCAGUUACAUGGCUGGAAAUAGUAUUGGUUAUGUAACGACAUUCACGAUAUUGUUACACGAGAUUCCGCAUGAAAUCGGUGAUUUUGCCAUUCUCAUACAAAGUGGAUACAGCAAAAGAAAGGCUAUGAUGUUGCAGUUGGUCACUGCUGUAGGAGCUUUAUUAGGAACUUCCGUUUCUUUGUUGGCAGAAGGAAUGGGUGAUAUUGCAACAAAAUGGAUUCUUCCCUUUACAGCAGGAGGCUUCAUUUACAUUGCAACUGUUUCUGUAAUACCAGAACUCUUAACUGCCACCAAACUUUGGCAAUCAAUCAUGGAAAUAUCUGCUAUUCUUUUCGGAGUGUACAUGAUGGUUCUUAUAGCGGACUACGAAUAAUAUAUACAUUUGCCAUAAGAUGAUUUAUUUUGCUAUACUAUUUUUAUUCGGUUCAUUUCAUUCUUGCUCAUUAAACUAUGAGAAAACAUUAUUAGAUAGCAGAAGAGAAAUUUUCUUUUGAUCAACUGGAAUUGUUGCAUUUAUGCCUUUGCGAAGAACAAGAAUGUGAAAUGAAUUAUGAAAACAAGCAUUACAAGAUCUUUUAUGACGACCAUCAUUUUUGCAAAAAAAACUAGAUAAAUUUUUAGAAAUGGCCACAUGCGGUUUGAAGCGGAACUUAAUAAUAAGUGUGAAUCCUUAUGAAAAUUAUUAAUUACUGCUUAUAAAUUUAAUUUGUGAUAUUACGUAGUGUGGAUUCAGUUUGGAGCUGUAUUUCAAGACCGAUAUUCGACGCGCAGAACUUUAUCUGAAAUUGUAACGAUUCACGCAAUUAUUAUUAAGUAUCCGCUUCAGACCGCACUUUUAAAAAUUUAUCUAGUUUGAACUUUCGUGGACUCGAUUAGGUUUCAUAUUAAUGUUUAAGAAAAAAAACUCAGUGAUUUUAUGGAAUAUGAAUUAAAAAUUACCUAUACACUACAAAAUAAUGUUGCGAUAUUAAGACAAAGAUGCUGAAGUGACGGCCGAAACUUCGUGGCAUCUGUUUUGACGAUUUGUACGUGCGAUAUUGAUGUAAAUGUGUUUACGUCUGAUGUGUUGAUGUUUACCACACCGACACAUCAAUGUCGCACGCAUACAUACAAUAUUAUUUUCGGAUCAACCGUUCUUACACUAAAGCACGUAUGUUUAUCAGUGAAGCAUAAUAUUAUCCUUUCAUGGCCGCGAUUAUUACUUCUAUCAUACGUACAAAGUCUAAAACUUUUAUACGCAGUACAUGUCACGAGUCGACUAUAGAAGCCAAUAAUUUUCUUUUUUUUGUUCGUUUUUUUUUAUCCAUUUGUAAUAGUCGCGGUCCGUUAUUGUCAAUAUUUUAAUUCUGGAAAAGGAUUUAUAAUUCUGUGAAAUCAAUAAAAAAAUUGGAGGAUCCGAAAAUAAUCGCAUUCAAUCGGUGAAACCUGUGUUCAGCAUCGCCUCAAUUUGUUUAAUGCCGCUAAAUAGUGUGUUCGAUAAUCUAUAUAUUUUGUUAUAAAGUAUUGAUUUUAUAUUUGAAUAAUUGUUCCUAGAUUUUUUUUUUUUGAUUUAUUCAAGAUUUUUUUUAAGUCUUUGGGGCGUCCAGGUAUACUAUCUAAUACUACAAAUACUACCAGUGUUACUUGGACGUCAACCAAGCAGCAUGGACAGGACCAUAGGGGUUUACCCAGUGGAUGAAAACGAUAUACAGGUCCCCUCCUCGAGGACGUGCAGACCCAGCAGGUUUUCUUCUCUUAGAGAAAAAAGUUCGCGUGUGAGACUAUUCGAUAAAUAGUUUGUUAGAAAUUAUAUUUUAAUUUUACGUACAAUUAUACACGAUUAUUGUCAAGAUAAGUCUGAAAUGUAUAACUACAUGCAUUAAGUUUAUCUUAAAUUAUGUAAUCCGAAGAAGUACUUAAUUUGCUUAUCUUUAUAUUUGGAGUGCCUAAAAAGAUACUAUCUCUAAGCCCAAAUAUUUGGAUGAAAUAAUGGGUACUUUUUAAAAUUAUAGACAAAUAUAACUUAAAUGAGACGGCAAACGUUUGAUGUGCGCAUAGGUUUGAAUAAAAGCGAUUAGUUAACUAGUAACUCUUUAUCACUCAUUACUUAUACAAUAAAUUUAUUCUCAUGAUUUUAUAA